AUGGCCACAAAGGAGGAAGAGCAACCGAAAAAGAAUUCUGGCAAUAAAACUGAAUUCAUUGUAAAAAUUAUAAAAGAAACUGUAAAUUCCAUUACACUGGAAUGGAGCGGUGUGGCUGAUGCCGAUGUGUACCGCAUUGAAAGGCACCACAAAACAAAAGGAUGGACCAAAGUUGAUUGGACUAGUCAAUGUUCCACAACCAUCGACAAUUUGGAAGAAAAUUUUGGUUAUCGUUUGAGAGUGAAAGCACUAAGGCUUCCAUUGAAUGCCAACGAAUACGAAUUAUUACAAACUUCCAAUGAAAUUGUGGGUUGUACACUGGCCACCGAACCGACAUCAAUAUCUCUGUUUCGAGCCAUUAAAAAGGACCACCACUUUUUGGUUAAACGGAUCUUACGUCGCCGUCCAUCUCUAAUUGAAUAUCCUGGACCGAACGGUUAUUUGCCUUUAGCAAAUGCUAUUGCAUUUGGCGACAUGUGUGUUGUGGAUGCUUUACUUUCGGCCGGAGCUAGUGUCCAUGUCGGAAAUCCAAAUAAUAACCGGACCCCAUUACAUCAAGCAUUCUACUAUGGUCGUGUAGCGGUGGCUCGUAUGCUGUUAAACAAAAAAGCCGAUAUGGAAGCCAAAGAUAUGUACGGCUUAACUCCCUGUCAUUUGGCUGUGGAUGCAAAUCAAGGUGAGAUUUUAAAAUUUGCACUUGAAAACGGUGCCAAUGUGGAGUCCAAGGAUGCCUGCGGCUGGACACUGUUAAUGCGAGCUGUUGUUAUGGAUUCGGAUUUGACCAUUUUAAAGUUGAUCAUCCAAUUUGGUGCCGAUAUGGACAACCGUGAUAUGCGUAAUUUAACUUGCACAGAUUUAGCUCGUUUGUAUAAUAACAAAAAAGCUGAGGAUUACUUUGUUAAGCUAUUAAAAUUGCGAGAACUGAAAUGUGCAAAAGAGCAAAAAGACGAGGAGACAAAUUUAGUGUAG